AUGUUCCAAUUGUUAGAAGACUUACCUAUAAUGUGCAAUGAGGCUGUGUUGGAAGUUCAACAUGCACAAAGAAAACAAAAAGAGCAGUACAACCGAAAUGCCUGUUUGCUACCUGAAUUGUCUAUUGGUGAUAAGUGUAACCUUGACAAUGAAUUACCUCCAAAAAAGCUUGAAGUUGAAAUAGUAUAUAACCUUGUUGGUGUAUGGCUAUUACUUGGAAAUGCUAUAUGCAAAUGGCACAGGGAGCAACAAAGUUAA